CGGCGAAGAACAGCCUGGCGACGUUCCUGGAGAGCCCAGCGGAGGCCGGAGAGCCCGGGGCAGGCUGAGGGAAUGCCCUGAGCCCCCGCCAUCGAGGCACUGCCCCGGGCGAGGGCCAGCCCAGCGCUGCGUCUGAACUUAACAAAACUCCCAUACAAAUCCCACGUUACCUGUUUAAAAGGCACAGAACGACAAGGCAUAGAGCUAGCGACAGUUUCUGUUAACCUGGGGGGGGGCGAGGGGGGAGAAGCAGAGACGCAGAAAGUUUAUGAGGGAAAAUAUGUAUAAAAAUUACAUUUUUAUAGCUUUCUGCAGUGAUCAUUGUCAAUCUGAAAAAGGAGUUUGGAAGACCUAGGCAAGCAGCCUGCUGUUCAUUACCACAAACCAUUAAACUGAGGGUGAAGCAAUCUCAGCCCAUCCACUGAUAUCAGAUCACCACACCUUACAGAGCCUCAGAGGAUUUCAGCACAUUCUGAUGAUCCUUUGUGCCUUCCACACACAGCCCAGAGGUUUGGCCAUGCCAUGGUCCAAGGUCUAGUUUGAAGCAGCAUUGCUGUGCCCCCCCCAUUGGUUCUCAGGCUCCAGUUUAAUGAAGACAGACCAGCUCUUAAACUCACCAGUUUCAGCAAGAUACAACCCAGCUUCUAGAGUUCCUCUGACCUUGCAAGUUGGAGUGAGAUUUUUUAACAUGUUGCCUGUUAAAGGAUAUUACUGAGUGGUGAAAAAUGUUGCUGGAUAUUUUUCAAGAAGUUUCUCUAAGCCUUUCCUGUUCUUCUAAAUCCUAUUACAUGCCUGGAAAAAGGAGUAGAAGUUUGGGGCAGUCCCAGUCAGACAGCUGGGCAGUCAGACUUCUAUCUUUAAUAGAGACGUAAUAAUUUUUGCUUUAAAAGCUACAUGAGUCACGAAUCAUCCCUGUCAUGUGAAUCCACAUGCAUCACAGUUGGAAGAAAAAAGGUGCUCUAAAUGAAGUCUGCCACAGAUACCUGAAUUCUAACACUGUUUGGAACUGAAAGACAACGGGAUUUCACCUUCUGGAGCAGAGAUUUCAUGGAUUCCAAUUCCAACACCGUGGUGGUAACUGGUUUUGGUCCCUUCAGACAAUACCUGGUUAAUUCCAGCUGGGAGGCAGUGAAGGAGCUGUCCAAGAGAGGCCUUGGUGAAAACAUCGAUCUCCAGGUCAUGCAGCUGCCAGUGGUUUACCAAAAAGCAAAGGAGCAAGUCAUCAAGAUAUGGACGACUCUUCAGCCACUGCUUACUGUUCACGUUGGGCUGGCUUCAUCCACCACAGUCAUCAUCCUGGAGCAGUGUGGGAAGAACAAAGGCUACCAAGACAGGGAUGCUUGUGGUUUUCACCCAGAAGGUGCCUGCUGCGUGCUAGAUGGCCCAGAAAAGAUUGAAUCUACAAUUAAUAUGAAGACUCUCUGGAAAAACGUUUCAGUGGAAGGGAUUGAUAUCAUCUUCUCCAGAGAUGCAGGGAGGUACAUCUGUGAUUACACCUACUACACUUCUCUGUAUUAUGGCAAUGGAAGAGCAGCUUUCAUCCAUGUGCCUCCAUUAUCCAAGUCAGUAACAGCAGACUUUCUAGGAAAAGCAUUACAGACCAUUAUCUUGGCAAUGUUAGAACAGUGUGGGGUGGAUCAUAUAGGAAAAAAAAAAAGAUGAUUUCUUAGAAAGCAAUUCCCUACUUCUUAAAUGAAGCAAAUCUAAAGAUUAUUUAAAACCUUCACACAAAAGGAUUUUAUAGCCCAUGUUAUUUUCAGUGAAAUUUCCUUGCAAAACCCAAACAACUGUUUACAUCUCUGAGAAAAAAGCUCGAGGGGAAAAACCAAGUAACCGGCAGUUUGUCUUGCUAAAAAUAAGGUUGUUUCAGACUUCAGAAAGUGUGAAACUGGAUUUCAAACAUUUUAGAUGCCUAAUCCUAGUUCUGUUGGUUAUAAAGACAUUAACAAAGACUUGCUGAACCGAGGUGGGCUCUCAGAGCUGUAAGGACUCAGCACUGGAUGGAUGGAACAGAGAUCCCCCCAAGCCCAUCCCAGUCCAGCUGAAGUGCCCACACAGAACAUGUGGUAUGGGAGAAACAGGGGUCCUGGUAUGUGAAGUUCUACAAUUCCCCCUCCCUGACCUGCUGUAAAUGCUGCUUUCCCCAUCAGCAAUGGGCUCUGAGCCCAGGGGGACUUCCAAGUACAGAGAAAACUGGAGUCCAGCAGGAUCUGGAAUGCUCUUGGUAAUUUCAGUUUCAGCCUGAAACCACCACUAACCCCAAAUUCUCAGUGCCUGUCCCAAAGAAAAACACCACAGUCCUUCCACAGAGCACAGCCCAAAAACAAGUUUUCAGCAGGACAGGUCAUGGCUAUUCAGGGACUGACACAUCAAAAUCCAACAGCCAACCUGUCCCAGGAAAGGCAAUCC